AUGGUUCAACAGCACCACUCUUCUCCUGCAACAGGUGGCUCCAUAACCAGCGAGGAUAUUGAAUCAACGGGAUCAUCAUCAUCACCUCCUCCGUUAUUAACAACUAAAAAUAUAGCCAAUUCUUCUUCAUCCCUUCCACACCUCCGAAACGAAAAUGAUCAAUCCCAUCAUCAUCAACGUCAUACAAACCCAAUGAUGUUAUCCUCGAACGAUGAAACGAAAAUUUCAUCAUCCUCUCAUCCAAAGAAUGAAAGAGCUCAUAAAUUCACCGCGUCAAAUGAACAACAGAACACAAAAUCAAAAUUUGCACAAUUAAAAUCAUGUUGUGCUAGAAAUAACAGAGUCAUUGUAGUCACCUUUGGAUUUUUAAUUAGCAUCCUACCAUUUAUUAUGUGCUUGUUUUAUAGAAAUUUGAUAUUAUUAUCUUUAUUCGUGUUACUAGUUCAAUAUUCAGUAACAUUGCUGAUAUUUAACAUGAUGGAACGAAUGAAUCAAUUUAUUGACCAAAAUGCCAUUUUCAUCACUAAACCUAACGUCAUUGACAUCAAAAUUGUAUUAUCAAUUAUGGAAGAUUAUUUCAAAGAAGAUAUCAGAUUUUCAUCUAGAGCCAUGAUUCUUGGUAGCAUGGACACGUUAUUUGUAUAUAGUUCUUAUAGAUUUUUGGUAUUUUGUGAUAGAGUUUCCAGCUACAUAUGGAAACCAUUUUUUGGUACAGAUAUUAAGCAAUCUGUCAAAUGGGAAACAGAUUUACAUUUGACAUUGUCCAUUCUGCAUUAUAUUAUUUCAACAUUUUUGACCUAUUUAAUUUUUACAUCUCAAUAUGCAUUGCGAGCAAUGAAUUUGAACAGAGAAGAUUCAUUCAAGGUGCUAUUUUGGAUGUCUUUAUUGACACACUCUGCAUGCACUCUUUUUCAUACAUUCAACGCUUUCUUUUUUGGAGGUAAAGACGCUCUUGUGAAAAAUUAUCUGACACUCACCAAGAUUAUUCCUCUAUUAGCCAAAAUAUUCACAAAGCGCAACGAAGAUGAUGACACCGACGACUCUCAUGGUAGUGUCAAUCACUCAAAUUUCGUUUCCUCUUCUCAUCAUGAACAAUCCUACUCAUCUCUUCAGAACAGAUUAACUGUGUUUGAGUGGCAAUCUUUGAACUUUCUCAUUAUUUUCUCCACUUUCGCAUGCAUUGCCUAUUUUGCACCUUUGAGUCAAUCCUUUGGAUUUUAUUAUAUAUUUCAAUUGGUUAUUGGUUUAGUAAUAAUGAUUUUGCAAUUUUGGAUUUCUCAGAUUUCAGUCAUGAAGAAGUACUCCAUAAUAUCCUUCGUUGUUAUAUUACUGAGCUUGAUUUUCCUUAAGCUUUUUAUGGGGGCUUAUGUGAUGCAAUAUCUGUUCGUUUACACCUCGAUCUUGUUCGUUAUUCCAUUCGAAAAAUUUUUGUUCAAGUCAAUGCCUAUGUUUGUAACAGAGAAGGGCCUUAGAUAUUUUGCUUUUGUGUGGUUGACCUGUUUGCAAUUUAUAACCGUACUAGUGUUUUUCAUGAGAUGUUUCCUUUUCUUGUACCUUUACAUGUAA